AAAAAACGGAAAAGCACCGUUGAGGAGGCAGCCAAGAGGAGAGUGUGGCUCGUAUAUCUCAGAGGUUCACCUCGACCGUUUUGAGCUGCGGGAGCCGUGUGAAUAUCUGCCAUAUUGUUUCACCGGAGUGUUUGUUUUGGGGUAAAACCCGCAGUUCAGCGUUCUCUCCCAUCGAUUCGACUGAGCCCACUCCCCGAACAAUUAGUCAAUUUUUAGUUGCAAUUUAGUAACGAGGCGUCUGUGAAUUCCUCGUGUGUGAGAGCUCUCCUUUUGUCUCUGGAUAGAAAAAAAACGGAUAGAGAGAGGAAGGGGACGUAGACAGCGCCUUGUGAAUUUUAGUCGUUUCGUGGUAAUCGUGAAGACGGUUUAGACAUGGCCUGCGCCACCCUCAAGAGAUCCCUCGAGUUUGAUCCUGUUCACAGCCAUGGGAGGCCCAGCAAACGGAGAAGAUGCGUUCCAAUGUGCGUAUCACCUGGCACAUCGAGUCAAUCCACAAGCAAACAACAGAAUCCAUCGCCAUUCGGUGAAGUUGCUACUAAAUUGACGCCUGAAAAAAUGGCUGCCAACAUCAGGGAGGAAAUUCGCCGAUUGCACAGACGCAAACAGCUGCACUUCAAUCCACAGGGUGGCAAUGGCAGCAGCGGUGACUCGUCUGAUAUGGAGGGACCAGCGAGCCCAGCUGGAUGUGGUGCUAGUGGAUACAGUCAGAGCCCCAGUGGCAAGGAGAAGCCACUUUUCACGUUCAGACAAGUUGGCUUGAUCUGCGAGCGAAUGCUGAAGGAGCAAGAGACUCAAAUUAGGGAAGAGUAUGAUCAGAUAUUGAACAUGAAGCUGUCAGAGCAGUAUGAUGCUUUUGUUAAGUUUACGUACGAUCAGAUACAGAAGAGAUUUGAAUCAGCAGCUGCCCCAAGUUAUCUAUCCUAAGCUAAGGACCCUACCUCUAAGGCCAGGUUUCUGUGAAGAAUGUUAGAUUUCUACUGCUAAGUGAGAGAAUUUUUCGCUUCAAAUAAAGAGGUAGCCAGCGUCACCUCACCAAUUACUCGAAAAAAAAAUAUCAAAUCAUAACCGUUGAUAAUCGACUCAACGUAACUCUUGUGAGAAUAAAACAAAACACUUUUUUGGCAUAAAAGGAGGAAGUUUUAGUGAAGUAAGUUGCGUAGGCUCCUAGUUAAUAAAAAAUCAACUGCGACCGAAACUCAAAUAAAUAAAAAAGAAUCCACAAUGUAUACUAGAGAACGAAUCACUAAAAAAACUAACAAAAUUUGUACUGUCCGAUGUUAGAAGUGCGCUGGCAUCAGGGAACUAUGUAAAUGUCGACAAGUUCGUACUCUUUCUUUAAAAAAAUGUUUCAAAAGAUUUUUCUAAACACAACUUUUGUUAAAUUCGUCAUCUGCCAUUGAUCCUUUUUUUGCACAAUGAAAGAUUUUUGUAAAAUAACGUAGUCAUUUCUCAUAGAGUUAAUUCAAUGCCAUAUAGAGUUUUGCUAGGAAAACCAGAAAACAAAAAAAACAUAAUUUAGUGAAACGUGAAUAGAAUGACGGAGUAACGGAUAAACAAAUUGAAAUUGCUGACGUCAGUUUCCCACAAAAAUUGUAAAUUCUGAAUGUUGAAUCUUUCAGUUGGUCGAUAUUACCAUGACCCAAGACCCCAAAAAUAACAUUUCACAGAAGAAAAAAAAUCCUCCAGUCAUAUUCACGACUAGUUGUACAAAGUUUGUAAAACUCUAGAGCAUCAUCGAGGCCCUCGAUUAGAUAAAUUCACUGUAAAAACAUUUUUUGAUACCUGUAAAACGUGAAGAAAAAUUCGUUUUCUAUGCAAUCAUUUGUUCGCAAUGCGCACAUUACCAUUAAUUCCCCAUUAUCUCUAAUUAGACGUUACUACCCUGUGCAUUUAGGGAGCCAGAAUUACCCGAAAAAUCCACGAGUCCAUUAUUUUCCCCAGCAUUGUUGAAACGGUACUAUAAUUCGACCCGCAUUUCCCCCAUUUUCUGAAUAAAACUACGGGUUAUGAUAGAAUCAACGCCUUGCAUUGGCUAAUCGCGAAAAUUGAACUAGAAAUUAACUGCCGAAUGCAGUGUCAUUGAUUGUAGUAUUGUGAACAAUAAAAAAUGAAAGAAAAUCCAAGAGUUUAGUAGAUUUUUAUGCAUAGUUCGUUCCCUGGUAGCCAACAGCUCUGAAAAGGCGACUAAAUAACUCGCUGGAUUAACAAAACCAAUAUACUAUGAAUGAAUACAUUUACUGUGCCUAUUCUAGAAAUAUUUAUCAAGAUACCGCGGUUCAGACGUAACAUUAAUUAUCCAUAAGCCCCGACUAGUUUGUAACCCACCAAAUGAAAACACGAUUGUUUAUCAUUUAGUUAUCCUGCGUAACACGUCGUAAUAUUUAUUUUUAGUAAAAUUACAUAAAUCCCAAGAUUCGAUAUAAGUAAUUGAAAAUUGUACGACUAUCGUAAAUCUAAUCGAAUGGCACUGUAUUGCCAAUGAGCUUAGUUUAAUACAGAUGAAAUUCUGAAACCCCAUUUUUCGUUCAAUCUUUAUUUUUUUAAUGUUAUGUUAAGGGUAUUUCUCAUCACUUUGUUUUUACGUUUACUGCAUGAGUUGUCAUUUGUUAUUUCAUUUAUUAAUAUUGUAACAUAACUGUGAGAGUGGGGAGUGGGGAGAGAGUCGGGCAAAAUAGACAAUUUUUGAAUGUCUUUUGAUAAAUAUGUUGAGAGAACAUUUUUUUAGAUGAAAUAUCUUUGAAAAUUGAUCUGUUAUGAGUUAGAAAUCAAAUUAUUAUUAUGUGAAUUAAUUCCAAAGGGAAACAAUGUAAUUGUUAGGGAAAAAAUUCGCGUUUCAUUGACAAUUCGAAGGGUUAAUUAAAUUCUGAAAAAGUUAAAAUUGUUGAUUUUGCCUAGCCCUCCCCAUACGAGCGAAAAAACGUAAAAGCAGGUGGUGAAAAACAAUGUUACGAAGCAUUGAAAUUCGAUUUGUAUCGGAUACGUGUAAUAAGUUAUGUAUACUCGAAGCAAGUGAGGAAGAAGAAAUUAUAAUGGUUUAUGAUUAAGGGGAGACCGAGGAUACCACUGUGGAUAACGAAACUGAAGUCCUUGAAAGGAUCCGAGGGAUUUUUGAUCUCUUCAAGGGUGAAAAUACCUCCAUUAAAAGAAUGUACACUUAUUAAUUGAUUGAAAGAAUAAAAUAUAAAUCUUAAGACUGAUUA